CUCUUAGGCUCUCUUCUUUAGCUCUAUUGCUUUCUGAGCUCAUUUUGGCCUAUCAAUUCAAGCUCCUAACGGCAAUCUCGAGGCGGUGUCGAAAGGCGGUUUCCCAAGUGUUGCAUAUAGAUCUGUACUUUGAUUCCUAGCUAGGAAAUCAUUUUACACAGUCAUGUGGCAUGCAUCCCCUGCGUUAAUCUUGAUCAAUGUUUUCUUUCUUGGGUUGGGUGAAAGUUUGCUUGACAUCCACAGGAACACGUGGAUGCAUUGCACUUGAUGUUACCAUAUAUAUAUAUAUAUCUUCAACAAUUAUUGAAUACUAUCACUGUUCCCCUACAAACGAAAAUUCAAAACCCAACUCUUCAUCCUUUCUUUAUUUGAUGAAGAAACUAGAAUUCCACAAAACUUUUGAACAGUCACUUUCUGGAAGGGUUUCUAAAAGGUUUUCAAGAUUAAGAUUCCUGCUUUGGAAUCUAAAGCUUUGGGCUAUUUUCUUGUCUUUAUCCUCAGUUGUAACCGAUCGAAUUAAUGUCUGGCAUCUUUUUCCUCAUUUCCCCAAAGCAUGCAGAAAUGCUUUUAUUGUAUUCCUCGUCAACACACUCACAUUCUUGGAAACUCCUCUUUUCAUCCUAUCUACUUUUCUACAAAAGAACUAGCUACUAUAUCGUUCCACACCCUCAUUCUUCCAUCUAGAAUCGAACCAGCCUGGAAAUUUAUUUAUAUCAAAUCGAUUCAAUUAUAUUAGUUCUGUUUAGUUUUCGGCCUUACCUGAAUCCAACACCCUUUUUUAUUUGUGAGAGGAAAACUCUUGGAUGUAAAUCCAAUGUAUAUGAGAGAGAGAGAGAGAGAGAGAGAGAGAGAGAGAGAGUAUGAUGGUGGUAAAUCAGUUGGCAGGUGUUGGAAUGAGAUUAAGGGGGUUGUUAAAGUGGAGCCAAAAAGCAUAAACCUUUAGACGUGUGUUGUCUCAUUGUAGGUUGAUUAAUACUGAACCCGCUUUGGCUCCUGUCAAUGUCUGCUAAAUCGGUUGGAUGGCUACCCCACACCAUGACAAUUUUUCAAAAGUACCCCGUGUGCCUGAGUCAUCGAAUCCGACUUAUUUGAUAUUUAUAUCGCGCCCGUAGUUUUCUCCCUCGUUUCUUUGUGUACUUGCUUUUCAAAUCAUACUUUGUUUUUUUGCUAAGUAGUCCUACUUUCGUUCAAAAGCGACGUUUUUCUUAUUAAGCUACUGCUUCCCUUUGCUGCAAAUCAUUUAUUAACACCUGUACCUCAAUGACCUUGGUAGACUUGUUCACACAAACAAAGUUAUAUAUUUUUAUACGUUGAUAGUGACCAUCUUUUCUCCCUUGUAUAUGGAAUUGGUACUUUUUUUCUUCAUCUUGACCCGACUUAUACAUGGGCGGUCGAGUGGCUGGGUUAUAGGUCAACUCAGCUAGGGUUGUUUUAAGUGUCUCCCUUAUUUUAUUUUAUCUUUUUGCUAAGUGUCUCCCUUAGUCAUUAAUUGUGUUCAUAUAUUCUAACAACUCUUAGAAAUUAGCAACUAUGAAGUUACUAGGUUCUAGGCAAAUUCCGCGUUAAAUAUUUUAAGAUAGAUUCCGUUCAACACGCUUGAAAUUUUAUUAAAUUAUAAGUAAUACUUUUCACAUUUUAAAAAACGCAUUAACCUUUUAUCGGUAAAAAAAUAUUAAUCAAUUUUUAUUGUUUUAUAAGAUUUUAGAAGUAUUUCAGUGUAACAUAAAUCUAAUUUCUUAUGAAAUAAUCUAAUAUAAUUUUUGAAUAAUAAGGAAUAGAAAUGGUCAGAGUAAUUUUUAAAAAUUAAAGAUAUGGUAUGUAUUUAUACUAAAUAUCAAGAGGUGUGAGUGUAAUUUAUUUAAUAUUUUAUUUUAUAUAUUAUGUGAGAAAUGGUAAUGCAUUAAAUUGCAUGCUUACUUUAUUACCAUAAACAUUUGAAGAAGAGGAGUGUUUCUUUUCUUUUCUUUUUUUCUAGUUAAUUAGAAGUGAAGCCCAUUACCUAGGAAUGAUAUAGCAGUUGGGUAGACUAGUACGGUCCGACACUACCCUAGUCUAUGAUUGUUAAGGCUGCAUUUGUGUCUCUGAUAAACUUUGGUUCAAGCAUGAGAGGACCUUUAUAAGAAUAUUACAAACGUAUCUAAUUUAUAAGAGAAAAAAACGUAAUUCUUUUAUCAGGGAUAAAUACAUCGCACUUGGAAUUUCUACAGUUCACAUCGUCUACGCAACAUGGCAACGUGGCAUAGAGAUAGCCGAUUCCAGACGUCUUUUGAGUCCAGAAAUAUUAGAAACGUUGUGAUGAAGUACAAAAAUAAUGCAAUUAUAUGCCACCUAAAUUAAACGCUUUUCUUCCUUUGUUCCCAAAAUGAAUAAAAGUUAAAAGCGUUCCUUAUUCCCUCAUCUCCCCUUGCUGGGUGGGACCUACAAGUUAGCAUUGUGAGAAGAAACCUGGAGAACAGAAGCAGAUGCAUGAACCUACGUACCCUCGAGUUAGGCAAUGGUUAGACGGUGACAUAGCGGUUGUCGGCGCAGUUUAUCUUCUUCAGUGAAUCGGUGAAAUCCACUGCAGCCGUUGGAAAUUUUAAGCUCACAAACGUUGCAAUUUCAGACGGUAAAUACAUGACCAAGUGAUGAAAGGUUCAUUACUUCAAAAAAUUCUGGACCCCCAGAUUAGAUGGGCCUUUCAGUAACUUAAAGCCCAGAGACUAUGAGGGGAAACUUUGCGAAGCUUUGUCGGGCAAUGGGAUUUCGAAGAUCAAUGUCCAAUGGGCAAAAUAUUGAAUCGAUCUCAAAAGCUAAGCAUGACAAGGAUAGUGGUGAUCACACUGCAACAGACCCAAGUGAUCUGGAUGCUUCAGAUACAAUUUAUAGCGCUUGGUUGAAUGAACACCCUUCUGCAUUGAGAUGUUUCAAAGGGAUGAUGAGCACUGCCAAGGGGAAGAAGAUCAUCGUGUUCUUGGAUUACGAUGGCACCCUCUCGCCAAUCGUAAAUGACCCUGACCGCGCUUUCAUGUCUGAUAGGAUGCGCUCUGCGGUACAUGAAGUUGCUAGGCGAUUUCCAACAGCCAUAAUUAGUGGUCGAAGCCGAGACAAGGUGUAUGAAUUUGUACAAUUAGAUGAGGUAUACUAUGCUGGAAGCCAUGGUUUGGAUAUAAGGGGUCCGCCACUGCAGCUGAAGUCUUAUGAUGCCAAGUACCAAACCAGAGCUCUCGAUAAAAAGGGGAAUGAAUUUACCAUCUUCCAACCUGCACAGGAGUUUUUGCCUGCAAUCCAACAGAUGUUGAAAGAAUUCGAGAAGAAAACAUCUGAAAUACAGGGUGUCGUGAUAGAAGACAAUAGGUUCUCCAUCUCUGUACAUUACCGGCAUGUCCAGGAGAAGGAUUAUGGCAUAUUACAAGAGGCGGUGCACUCUGUGCUUGCCAAAUAUCCAUGUUUUCACCUGACAAAAGGCUUAAAGGUCUUGGAAAUUCGGCCAUCAAUUAAGUGGAACAAAGGCCAUGCACUGGAAUAUUUACUUGAUACUCUGGGAUUCACAAGCUCCAGUAAUUUCCUUCCUGUUUAUAUUGGAGACGAUCAGACUGAUGAAGAUGCUUUCAAGGUUCUACAGAGUAAAGGAUUGGGAUUUCCGAUCAUCGUGUCUUCCAUCCCAAGGCACACCAUGGCAUCACACUCUCUACACGACCCAUCAGAAGUGUUGUCUUUCUUGAUACGUCUGGCAAGAUGGGGAGAGAAUUCUUCAAACUAGACCGCUUCUGCAAGGCCAGCUUUGGGUAUUACUAGGUCUCUUCUCUUGUACAUAAUAUUUGCAGAUAGAAGUUUUAUAUAUGGAUCAGGGAACCAAGAGAGAAGCCUCACCCUUUUGUUUUAUUUAAUCCGGUGCUUUUUGAGCCGGAAUGUAUGGUUCCCACGGGCAUGAAGAGGCUGUCUUCUUGAUAAGGAAAAACUCAAGUGCAGUCUCUAAACAGUUUACGUUUGAAAUGGAACUUAUCUGAUCCUUCUGUAAAUA